UAAUGCGCUUGCGCUGCCUCCGUAAGCCAAGGUCAGAAACAUGGCUGCACGGUCCCUGUGGGCGGUCCCGCGGCGGGUGCAGCGCCUUGCGGCCUCGAGUACCGCGUCCUACGGCAGGGGAUGGCUGCAUCCUUUCAGCACUGCCACCCAGAGGACCACUGGUGAGGAUUGCAGCUCUGAGGACCCGCCUGAUGAGCUUGGGCCUUCUCUGGCUGAACGAGCCUUAAGGCUAAAAGCUGUUAAACUGGAGAAGGAAGUCCAGGAUUUAACAGUGAGAUACCAGAGAGCUGUGGCUGAUUCUGAAAACAUAAGGAGGAAAACCCAGAGAUGUAUAGAAGACGCCAAGAUAUUUGGAAUCCAGAGUUUCUGUAAGGACUUGGUGGAGGUGGCAGACAUUUUGGAGAAGACCACAGAAUGCAUUUCUGGAGAAACAGAGCCUGGGGACCAGAAGCUCACUCUGGAAAAGGUCUUCCGGGGCUUGUCACUUUUAGAAGCAAAGCUAAAAAGCGUGUUUGCUAAGCAUGGCCUGGAGAAGAUGACACCCAUUGGGGACAAAUAUGACCCUCAUGAGCAUGAACUCAUCUGUCACGUGCCAGCUGGUGUUGGGGUACAGCCCGGCACUGUGGCAUUAGUGAGGCAAGAUGGCUAUAAACUUCAGGGCCGCACCAUUAGACUUGCCCAAGUGGAGGUGGCAGUGGAGUCCCAGAGGAGACUAUGAAUGGGCCUGCAAGAACUGAAUAUUCUCCCAGAGUGCAGUCACCUGUGUUUCCGUUAUUUAUUAAACUAGGUUUGUAUUGUACAUGAGCUACUUCAUGUGAUCUCUUUUGGAUUUAGUCAUAUUGGCUUUAUUUCUAAGCUGUUCUGUUGAUUUAAUGUGACCUGUUUGGUCUUAUCAGAAGUCUUGCCAUUGGGCAUUUGAACAGUGUGACAAGUGUUUUCUAUGGCCUUUAUCAAAAUAUGUUUAAGAAAAUUAUUUUUAAAUUGGUACUUGGAUGACUUUGAAUCCAAAAUCUUUUUAAAGACGGAAAUAAGUAUGUGUUUAUCCAUUUCCAACUAAAUGUUCCUUUCUGAUGGUCCUUUUAAUGGGAAUUAUUUAGGAUCUUGUAUUUUUUAGAGAAAGGGAAUGAUAGGGUUCAACAUUGGUUCAACAUUUGGGUACCUAGAUGUUAAAGCUUUAUAGUUGUACAAAUUUAGAUCAUUUGGGUUGAUUUUUGAUACAUAUAGAUUUUUAGGACUUCCCUGUUUCAUUUUAUUAUUUUCCUCUUAGCCUUUUUUGUUCUUGUUAUCCCUACCGGGUAGGCUUUAUACUCAUACUCGUCAUCCCACAUGCACCUCUUUCCAGUUCUGUUUGUAAGGGCUAAAGGCCCAGGCAAGACUUGGAAAGCAGAGAACUUUUAAGAAAUCUGUGAUACUAAGGUACCUUCUAAGCAAGGAUGGCUGAGAAACCUUCUGCUUUCUUUGCUCUGAGUUGUCAUCUAAUUAUCUUCAGCUUUUGUAGUUACAUAGUCAUUUCAGGGAAACUGAGUCAGCACCAACAGCUAAUGACACACAUUGGUCCAUAUUAUAAUUUACCUGCAGUUUCUCUUUCCAUUAGCCCUGAAAUCUGUCCCUUUGUCAAAUUUGCCUUAUCCAUUAUCAAUUAGGUUACUAGGGACAGUGAUCAGAACAAAAAUGUCAGAUUCCCACACUUUCUCUUAAUUCCAUUUAGUUAUGCUGAGGUUUUUUUUCUUUAAUUGGUUCUCACAGAUCACUACCUCUCACAGCAAUGAGCUUUUUUUCCUAGUUUUUUCAGUCUUACAUCACCUUUGUAUAAACAUCUAGCUCCUUCUUUAAGUAUUAACCAUCUAGAGUACAGGACCUGUGUUGUUUUUUCAGUCUUGCUUAUAGCUGGUGUUCUAUAAAAAGAUUUGUUCAAUAAGUGAGUUUAUGAAUGAAUGAUGUAUCAGUCGGACUUUAAUAAAAAAGGUCAGUUGUCGAUAUUUUAAUGUUAGUUAAAAGAGGCCUUAGUGAUGAUCUAAUCUUGCUCUUUUAGUGUCUUAAGUAUGAAAGCCUAGACUUUUUGGGACUGGACCCAAAGGAAAAAAAAUCUCUAAACUAAUGAGCUAAAUUCCAGUGAGGACUUGAAUAACAAACAACUAGAUACUAACUUCAAUCACUUAAGAUUCAACAGUUCUUUAAUGAACAUACAAAUGUGUGCCCAGCAGACGAUUAGAUGUCGUUAGAUAUCCAAAUUACAUAGGUUUAGGUGUGAGUCAUCAUUAGGUGCCAUCGAGUCAAUUGCAACUUAUAGCUGUCCCAUAAGGCAGAAUAGAAUUGCCCCAUUGGCUAUAAUCUUUACUGAAGUAGAUCACCAGGUCUUCCUCCCACAGAGCUGCCGGGUGGGUUCAAACUGCCAACUUUUCAGUUGUAGUGGAGUGUCUUUUGUGCCAAUAGGGCCUUUUAGUUAUCCAUAAAAUAAAGCCAUUUCUACUUCCUGAAACCCAGUAGUGUCCUAUUCAGUGGGAUGGUAGAAGUUACCCUCUUAGACAUCAUAGAUAAUUCUAAGGACGCUACAUAGACAUAUAAGGAGUCCUGGUGGCACAAUGGUUAAGCACUCAGUUGCAAACUCAGAGUUGGCGGUUCAAACCCACCAGCCACUCUGGGAGAGAAAAAAACCUGGCGAUCUGGCCCCGUAAAGAUUAUAGCCUAGGAAACCCCUUGGGGCAGUACUCUUGUCAUGUGGGGUCGAUAUGAGUCAGAAUCUACUUGAUGGCGAACAACAAGAAGACAGACGCAUACGUAUGAUUGAUUUAAAGCCAUUCCCCCCUCCCCCACGGGCCCUACCAUCUCCGCCAAAUGUAGAUACUUAAAACCAGACAAGUAAACAUGCACUUUUAAAGCGCAAGCAAAAGAUUGGUGGUAGUACUUUAAAACCAGGAUCCCUUGACAUUCCACUGAGUGCAUAUUAUAAAUUUAAUGAACAGUCAAACAAAUUUCACAGUAGGAGUUUAUCUUUCUUUGCCUUCAUUCCUGUGAGAUUUGCAGAUAGAGACAGAAGAAAAUGAGCUAGUAAUCCAUGUUUGUUUAUGGAUUACUAGCUCUCAUUACCAGUAAACUGGAAUUUUAAAAACUCAGUAUAAAAUGUUCUGAUUACCUCAAGAGUUUUCUCAUAUCUUUUUUUUUCCCCCAUCUCGUGUUUUUGCAAGUAGAUUGAGAAUUUUAGGCUCUUUUUUAUUCAGAAGGUUUGCAGAUUUGAAAUAUAGCAAAUGAAGCUAUAGAGUAAGAAUCUCAAGAAUCUAAUGGGUUUUAGGAAUGGAGAGCUGCACCACAGAAAGAGCAUAGACUUGGUGGACAUAAACUUGAACCCAAAUCUCAGCAGAGUCACCUCUGUGUGACUUUGGGCACCCGUCAUUUCACCCUUCUGAGACUGUUUCCUUUCCUUAUCUGUAAAAUGGUUAUAAUUUUCUCAUGCUAUCGUGAGGAUUAAAUGAAAUGUGUAAAUUGCCUACUACAGUAGGCCCUGAGUAAAUAUUUAUUUUUAUUGUUUUUUUUAUUUUACACAUUGUUUUUAUAGCUGCCUGAAGUCUAGGGAGAGGGAAGACUGGCUAAGCAAAGAUUAAUUAUAAAAAAAAAAAAAAACUUGUAAGAUCAAUCACAGUGACUUACUUUCCUUCCAGCUUUCAGUGGGUUUAUGUUUGUUUGCUUUUAGCUAUAAGACAGAAAUCCACAUUUUUAGACUGAAGGAGCAAGAAAAUUUUGUCAGUGUCUGAAUUCUUUUCAUUGUGAUGGUAAAGUGAAGAGGCUUAUUGGCAUGCAGAUGAUAACCUAAGGAAGCUUUGGCUCACUUGAAGGAGGGCAUCUUAGGGUUUUUGUACUUGGAUUCUGUAAAUCUUUUACUGACAUUUCCUCAUUGCCAUAAAGGAAUCAGUCCGUUUGGUAUGAGUUAUUUGGUGUUCUUUCAUGGCAAAGGAUUUGAUAAGGGAAGAAAGCAAAACCCAAUGGGGAAGACAAAGGAUGAAAUAUAAUGUUGAAGAACAACUUUAAUAAAACCCAAAUUGAAAUAACUGUGACUCAGCUGUUUAGAGUGUCUUUGUGUGCCUAAUUCAUAUUUUACACUGGCAUGUAAGGGUUAGUUCAUUGACCGCUCACCGACCGUAUUGAUUCUCAGUGGAGGUACCCUGAGAUUUCACAGCAGCCCAGCCCUCAGUAUGAAAAAUAUCAAAGAAUUGGGGCCAUAUGUUAAAACCACCACAGUGAACUUGAGAGUGUGGACAAAGUCUGAGUGGAUAAGAAUAAGAAUAUAGUUAUUGAAGAGCACUGGGGAUAUAGGAAACAAUAGAUUAUGGAACCAGAGUAUACAGACAGCACUGGAACUAUCAUGAAAAUGCAAGGCCAAACCUUAGGAAAGGCUGGCUCUAAAGAAGGCCAUUCUGCCGGGAGGAUGAGUAUGCAUAUGAAAGCCAGCUGAGAAGCUGAGGUAAAGACGAGGCCAGGCAGUCAGAAGAUGGGAAAGACACAUGGAAGGUGAGGUCAGACCAAGGCUACAUGCCAGUGAUCUGGAGGGGAGGAUGGUCGAGUCCAACAGGACAAGUGCAUAUUUAUUCACCUACCAUUUUACUUAGGAAUCCAGUUACUUUAUUAAGAAUCACAGCAGAUGACUUAGAACUCCAGCUAUAAGCUUUUACUUUUCUCCCAAACCUUUCAAUUUCUUAGCCAUAAUCUGAAUAAAUCUGGAUUUUCCUUACCCUGAAACUCAGUCCCCAGUUUCUUCUGUCAGGGGAUAUCUGUCCCUCAUGGUGCGGUAGAGUAACCACACUGAGCUGCUGUUUUCUUUAAAAAAAGAGGAUGGAAAUGAGAGCUUAUCCCUUCCUUCCUUCCCUUCUGGGAAGACAGUGGAUGAAACUCUUCCCUUUUGGUUUUUAACAAGAAGGCAGAGAUAGAAACUGGGAACACAUAAGUAACAGUAGUGUCAAAAGGAUCUGGGCUUGUCUCAACGUAUGCACAGGGCAGCAUUUAGCCAGCCUGGAUGCAUGCUUGGUCAGCAAUUUCUAGCACUUGCAAACACUGCAGAGCGGUUUUAUAUUCCCUUGUCUCACGUGAUCGUCACAACCACCUAGAUAGCUAGAGUAGGGUCUGUUCUGUCCGUUUUAUAAGAGAGAAAACUGAGUGAGACAGAGAAGGCACAGAGAUAGCUCUCAGAGAGGUUGGCCUUGGACCCCAGGUCUUCAAAGCUUCAACUCCUCUUCCAUCAACUGGCAGCUGGGCCCCGAUUCUGAUACCGGGGACCGAAAGCGCGCACACCUGCGUCGGAGCAAGGACGAGCCAGCCAAUGAGGGACCUGCAUCCAGGAGGUGGGACGAGGAAACUGC